UGGGAGUGUUUAUAAACAGUAACUUGAUAGUCACGAAACAGAGACAACAUGGGAAAACUUACGCUUUACGGAAUCGAUGGAAGUCCUCCAGUCCGCUCGGUGCUACUCACCCUGAACGCCUUGGGUGUGGAAUUCGAGUACAAGGUCGUCAAUCUGCUGGAGAAGGAGCACCUGAAGCCGGAGUUCCUGAAGAUCAAUCCUCUGCACACCGUGCCCACUCUGGAUGACGAUGGUUUCUACUUGUCCGACAGCCACGCCAUCAACUCCUAUUUGGUGAGCAAGUACGGCAAGGACGAUUCCCUGUAUCCAAAGGAUCUGAAGAAGCGAGCCAUCGUCGAUCAGCGCCUGCACUACGAUUCCAGUGUGGUCACAUCAACGGGCAGAGCUAUCACCUAUCCGCUUUUCUGGGAGAACAACUCGGCAAUUCCGCAGGCCAGGAUCGAUGCCCUGGAGGGUGUGUACAAAUCCCUUAAUUUGUUCCUGGAGAGCGGCGACUACCUGGCUGGCAAUAGUUUAACUAUUGCCGAUUUCCACGUGACCGCCGCCAUAACCGGAUUCGUGGUUUUCCUGCCCGUGGAUGCCGCCAAGUAUCCCAAACUGGCUGCCUGGGUUCAGCGCAUCAAGGCACUGCCCUACUACGAGGAGGCCAACGGCUCACGGUCUGCCCAAAUCAUCGAUUUCAUCAAGAGCAAAAAUUUUACUAUUGUCUAGAAACCAUUUAAUAUAUUCAAAAAUAAAUAUUUAAAAAUAAUACUCUAA